AUGACCCACUUAUUGAUUGUGGAGUCGGUCAUCAUAAUUGAGUACAUCGACGAGGCCUUUGGCAGCACCGGCCCCUCCCUCCUGCCCACUGACCCCUACGAGCGUGCCAUUGCUCGGUUUUGGGUAGACUACAUUGACCACAAGCUAGUCAUCCCGUGGAAAGUGGCGUUCACGGCCAACACGGAGGAGGAUAAGGCCGAAGCGAUAAAGCAAAUAUUAGCGGGGGCGAAGGUGCUAGAGGGCGCUCUCAAGGAAUGCUCCAACGGGAAGCCCUUCUUCGGCGGUGAUAACGUUGGAUACGUGGAUAUAGCACUAGGCGGCCUUUUGGCGUUUCUGCAAGGAACUGAAGAACUAUGUGGUGCCAAGCUCUUUGGCACCACGGAUACCCCACUUCUACUUGCUUGGGUGGAGCGCUUCACCGCACUGGACGCUGCCAAGGUGGCUCUGCCGGACAUCAAUAAAUUGGUUGUGUUUGCAAGGACAAGGCGGCCCGGAUUGCUGCUACUAUAA